CUUGUGCAGCCUUGGUAUCUUCCAGUUCAUUACAUAAAAUCUCCAUUAACAUUCACUGCCCCCUCUCUCCAUUCUCCCCAUUCUCCUCCCCCUGAAAAUGUCCAUUUGGUACAGGCCACAAAGCCAUAACCCAGCGCCUCUGUCCUCAGCUGCUAAAUACAGUGCAGGUUCAGUAGGGAGGCAGUGGGUGAGUUUUGGCUCAGUCUGUGUGUGUGUGUGUGCCUGUGGAAGUAAGAGUAAAAGGAGAGUUAACUAUUUCCAGCCUCCGUCCAAGACUUUCACAUGUCUUCAGCUCAGGGAAUGACACAAGGAUGAAUUGCAAGUGAAAGAUUAAUGGACCCCCCCCCCAACAAGCACACAGAAGUAUAUGCAAACGGAUACCCAGUGCAGAUCACUCCUCAUUUUGCUCACACCUCCAGUGCACUGACCAGGACACAGUCAUGUCUUCAUCAGGGUCCACUGGUCACAACAAGCAUCUGUCAUCGGAGACGGAGCACGCUCCGAGGCUGCCGGCCCUCGACGCGGCACAGCAGGUGAAGUGGCGGGAGAGACAGCGCUUCCUUGAAGACGCCUUCCAGCAUGAUGCGGACGUCCACCUGCCUGCCGCAUGGCUGCAGAUCGAGCACAGGCGACCUCCUGCCGGCAGUAUCUCCUCGAUGGAGGUGAACAUAGACAUGUUGGAGCAGAUGGACCUGAUGGACGUCUCUGACCAGGAAGCCCUGGAUGUCUUCCUCAACUCUGUGGGGGAAGAAGGGGUCCCUUCCCCUCCAUCGUCAGGUAUUUAUUGUCAAGAAGAGGAUGAUGAUGAGGAAGAUGCCAGUGAUGAGGUUUACAAGGACGAGAUCUUACUGAAGGUCCCCCAGACUCGGCGCAUUUCAUCGACCUCCUCCGGCUCCUCUGACCCUUAUAGCCUGGACACCAGCGAGGAAGGGGCGGAGACUCCCGUCGUCCAAUCAGACGACGAGGAAGGGCAGGGGGACACCCUAACACAGGAAGCAGCUGCUCCAGUCAAGGAUGCAGCAGAGAAGGACAAACCUUCCCCCCUGUCAUAGCUGUGCAGUGACAGGCUUUGGGGAAGAAAGUGACUCAUUCUUGCAUGGGACUAUCACAGGUCUACCCCUCCCCUGGGUGACCCCAACAGAACCCAUAAAGACCCAUUACUCUAUAUAAACACAGUCAUGAGAAAAAGAAAGCAUACCCUCCUCCAAUUCUAUGUUUUUAUUUAUUAGGGCCUUAAUAAUUGUGUAGUCCCAGUCAACUUCUAUAUUCAAACAAAUACAACCUCGAGACGGAAAUGAAAAAAACACACUCAAAUAUGUGGUCAUUUUUUUUUUAAAAAGUACAGCAACAUUUAGAAACCAUGUGGGGAAAAAUAAGGACACCUUCCUACUUCCACAACAUUUAAGAGAAUAUUUUGUAGCCAAGUGUUACAUAUAAAAAUGUAUCAGAGUAGUUAAUCAUUAGGAUAAUUACUAGUUAGGUUAACUGGCAUUUCCAAAUUGCCUGUAGUCUGUUAUUCUGAGAGGGUGUGUGAACUUUUUAACACACCGACUCGAUGGAUGUCUAGAAUUAUUGUGAGACUUGUUUUCUGACACACAUUCACAACAUACAAGGAAACUGAUUUGUAUGAUAGUUUGUGUUCUUGAUAACAAGAUAUAGGAGUAGCAACAACAAAAAGUACACUUUCUUCGUGAUCUCAUCUCUGAAAGCAUGUAAAGUGUAACAGUUCCUUACCUAAUCCAUAGGGUAAAGUCAGGAUCUCAGUCUUUAAAGAUAUAUUAUGUAGACAUGUUGAUAAAUCUGUUAUUCUCUAUAGAGUUUUAAAAAAAUAAUAGUUCAUUAAAGUCACGAGACAGUUAUUACAGCAAUGAGGAUAAACAAAACAUGAAUAAGGAGCUACUGAAUAUAUUCAGGUUUACAUUACAAUUUAAAUGCUUUACAAACAGAUAACAUGCUUUAACACUUUAUUGUUGCAGGCAGUAGCAUAUCGUAUGUCUAGAAAUCCCCCAUGUCUUUGACUUUAUCAUUAAAUAAGGUGCCACUCUUUCCUGGUUUAUAAUCCUGGCUGGAUAUCACUGAGCUAUUCCGGCAUGAAGGCUAAUGUGCAUUUCUACAGACAAGUGUCAAAACCAGAAAGAAUUAGUCACUGGGGAAAUGCCAUCUCUCUUUCACCUGGUUACAAACAAAUUAGUAGUUCAUAUCUGUCUUGUUAAUUACAGUAGAUGAGUAAUAAUAAAAAAAGUCUUCAUGAACGUACACGACCAGUCAAAAGUUUUUGCACAAAACAAGUUUUUACCACUUUCCCAUUUAUUUCAUAAACUGCAGUUUAAUUAUUGUUGGUAAACAUUUGAAAGUUGAGUGAACAACUAUAAAUGAAAAUAUAAGUCAAAUAAAACAAGUUUCCUUUAUAACAUAGAAAAAGCAUGUAACAGUGCAUGUCUGGCAUCCUAUUAACUGGUUGUGUGGUGAUGGCAUAGUGAAAUUUUAGGCUGUCCUUUAACUUUAAAUGCACUACUUAACUGUUUCAUCCUGUGAGACAGAGCAGUAUUUAAUGUCCCUUAUAACUGCUACAGGAGGUUAAUUGAUGAAUCAAAGAUAUGCCAUUUUCUUACUAAUAAAGGUACUCAAAUGGUGAACAUACUGUAUGUAAUUGUUAGCAAAAAAAUUAUAUUGAGUGUCUUUUUGGUAAAUAUGUGAAGUAGCAUGCAAAUGUAGAAAAUCUGAGUGUGUGCAAAAAUUUUUGACAGGUAGUGUAUCUGCACAACAGUACUGUGUGUGUGUGUGUGUGUGUGUGUGUGUGAGUGGGUUUACCUAUCCUUAUGGGGACACAAUGUCCCCAUAAUGUGAUAAAUAUCCGGUUUUUUUCCCUUA